AUGGAAGCACCCGGCUGGGAUCCUAGCGAUAUGUCGCGUUUCUCUGACUUCACGAUCCUCACCACAACCUACAAAACCAUACACGGACAUGAAAUCACGACAGAUAUUCUUUUCCUGAAGACACUAUUACAGCCCUCCCACGAGAAGCCACAGCCUAUCCGUUGCCCCAUCCUUCUCCGGUACCAUGGAGGUGGCCUCAUAGCUGGAUAUAGUCUAUUCGCACCCUUCUUCAACCCAUGGUAUCUUGAACUCGCACAAGAGUACUCCGCUGUCAUCGUGUCCCCGAAUUAUCGACUCCUCCCGGAGGCCACCACCUUUGAGAUACUAAGGGACGUCGAAGACCAUUGGAAGUGGAUGCACGAGUCUCUCGCUCAAUUCCUAUAUCAACAUACCAAUGGAACCAUACAACCCGACCUCACCCGCAUCCUGACAUCAGGAGACAGUGCCGGGGGCUACCUCAGCAUCCAAAUGGGUCUAAGCCACCCUGAAGAAAUUCGGGCCGUUAAUGCGGUCUACCCGUUGGUCGACACCAACUCACCGCACUUUACAUCUCAGACAGAGAAGGUCGUGCUCUCUUUGCCUACCUUUCCGCGGGACCUCCUAACACGCCAUAUUAAGGCGGCUCGGGAAAGAGAAGCGGUGACACAACAGAAGGUUGUAGUUUCCGCACCUGCAGAGGAGGGGCGAACUAAAUUGAUGUUCUCCGUCUGUCAGCACGGGCUUUUAGGACAAUUUUUCCCCAGAGAUGCUCUUGAGCUUCAUCCCCUUGAAAGGUUGGAUGCGGGUGCUAGAUUUCCGAGGGGUGGAGUCUUGGUGCUUCAUGGGCGAGAUGAUUCCGUUGUUCCUGUCGAGGGGAGUUAUAAGUUGAAGGAAAAGAUUGAUCAGGUUGAUCGUAAUUUGAACUUCAAGCUUGUUGUUAAGGAUGGUGAGCACGGGUUUGAUCAUUCGGCUAAAUUGCAUGGCGCGUGGCUAUGGAAGGCUGCUCAGGAUAUCAUAUGUGCUUGGCUUAAAUAG